UUAUCUUGCUAUAGACUAUAGUAAGUGUAUUUAAGAAAAUGAGAGCAGCAGUCUGUUAAUGUAUGUGACACUGCCGGGAGCAGCAAAACACCAAGUCUGACUGUAAUACACCUGACUCGUGCAAGAGAGAACACGCCUGUGCCGCGCCAUGCUAUUUGAUUGGUUUGCCACAAACCCCAAUCCCCCUCCCUUGACACCGUCAGCAUUGGUUACCUUGGGAGCAAAGAAUAACUAUUCAGACGUCUGGGCGUCUGUCAAAGGACAAACCGAGGGAACUGUUCUGGAAUGUGUCAGGUUGUGGUUCGCAUUUACGACGCUCAUGAGAGACGAAUUCAACUGAGCAGUGUCAGCGCUGCAACAAGCUUUCAACUUGAUUACAUUGUUCCGUGAGCAGACAUAGGCUACAAGGAUGAUGUCUCAACCCCAGCGGAUCGUUAAACUAUCGGCGGCAUCGCUCGCCGUGAUCCUCUGCAAGGACGUGGAAAGCGCAAAAGCCGGCGGAGAAAAACAGAUCGCCACCGCCAGUGUCAAUGGACAGGACAUUUUCGCCGACUUCAAAGCGCAGAAUCUGCGGAGUUUUUGGAAUAAGAGACUGGUGAAUGCGGUGUCUGAAGUUCACUUUCAGGGAUGGAUGGAGAAUUUGGUGUUAUUUGUCCAGGGGAAUGCCAAUAAUCUGGAGGUGCUGAGGGAAGCAUGGAUGCGCAGGGCGCUGAGAUCACCCAAAGGAUUUGUCAUUAAAGCAGUGGGUGACGUGUCCCCAGUGCAGAUGAGCCCCAUCUCUCAGUCCCAGUUCAUCCCCCUGUCUGAGGUGCUGUGCUCCCUCAUCUCGGACAUGAACGCCGACCAGACCACUGUUAACCAGGAGGCGCUCAUCACACACAUGGCCAAGGCUCAUCCUGGAAUGACAGUCCCCACCCAAGACAUCCUGUACAAUGCUCUGGGAUCUUUGAUAAAGGAAAGAAAGAUCUACCACACUGGAGAGGGCUACUUCAUCGUAACGCCGCAAACCUACUUCAUCACAAACAACACGGUGAAGGACAAGAACUGGUGGAGCACAGGAGAAAACGAACUGCCCUCCCAGCCCCCCAUCACCUACCUGGUGAGCAAUGACAACUGCCUGGACAUGCCCGGAGAGUCCGCCUCGCUGGCACAUUGCAAGUCCUGCAGAUGCUUCACAGCUCUGUCCACUGCAGCACCAUCAGUCCAGGACCAGGUCUCCAUCAGUGACUGCACAGGCAAAAGCCUCAAGUGGCCCAAAGAACCCAAGCCCUCAGUCCACCACCAGUCUACUUCCACCACCGCGGACUGCCAGGCCAGUGAAACCAGCAAGUCCAUGACGGCAACAAGCCGAAAGGACACCAAGGAGAAAGGCGGCCGGAAGUUUGGCCUGAACCUCUUCCGGCGAAGCACGGCGAAGAAGGAGAGCAAGCUGAAAAAGGAAUACGCCACAUUCUCCGGACAGUUCCCGCCCGAGGAGUGGCCAGUCAGGGACGAAAAUGAGCUCAACAACCUCCCCAGGGACCUGGAACAUGCCAUCAUCAAGCGCAUCAACCCGGAGCUGACUGUUGACAACUUAGUCCGGCACACGGCUCUCAUGAUGAAGCUGGAGGAGAGAGGGGACCCUGAACGGGUCGUGGACAAAGGGAUGUCCACCGAGAUGCUGGUUUCCAAGCCGAGACUCCACUCCUCCAAGACGGCCGCCAAAAGGACGGCGUCAAAGAACAAUCGUGUGAAAAAGAGAACCCAGUCUACAAAGGACAGACAUAGGAUGAAGUCCAAGGUUCUUGACUACCCGGACAUGGAAGGCCAUCUGGACGGACUCACAUCCCCCCAUCUGAAACCAGAUUUACAGGCGGAAGAACCGGAGGACCACACAGAGCACACAGUGUUGAAAUCCCUCUACAAGAAACGCAUCGACAACCCCUUUCACGGCGUGUCAAGUAAGGAAACAACGCCCGUGACCUCAGGUCACAGAGAGCACAGGAGAAGAGAUUGCAAAACUCACACGUCUGCAAAGAGAGAGCGUGCUUACCACCGGUCCAAGUCGUGGGACCCCCAUCAAGCCAAAGGGACAGUAGACACACCUGACGAGCUCCAUAACACUAUGAAGGAAGGAUCUUGUGACAACCUUCACCAGAGAGAGUUAACUGAUGACUCAUUGCUUGACACCAGUCCCGUGAAGGAGCAUUCGGGAGAAUACAGCACUGUCUAUCCAGACAGCAGCACUCUGAGGAUUGAUGAUAAAGUAAGACAUUCGAAGGACAAUACUGGCAGGGGAAAAGAGUUUAGGGAUUGCAGGGACACUGACGCAGACCACAAAAUGCAUAAAGAUGUUGACUUGAGACGUGAGUCUGACCCAAGUUAUGAUAAAAUAAUAGAUUAUCACUCUCUUGUUGAAGAAACACCAGACGUACCCAUGGCCUCAUGGCCUAAACCCUCUGCCCGGCGUCGGCUGUCCCUGAGACAGGCGGAAAAGGAGGAUUCGAGCCACAGGCCAGAUCUGUUAGAAUCUCAUCAGCGAGCCGACAGCCGGGCGGAUAGCCAGCAGCAGCUCACCAACAGCACCGCACAGCACCGCGCCUCUGUUAUCACAACGAGUGACGUUUACACUGAGGACGACAUUCGCCUGUACAUGAAGCCCGAGGAGACGGAUGAGGACGGCUGCAGCUCUCUGUGCCUGGUGGAGGACUGCGGCGGUGGAACCGCGCACCACGCCAGGCUGAAUCAGUACGUUAAGCCUCAGUUUGGAAGUGGUCACUGGAUUAACAGUUUGGAUGCGUCCAAGUUCUACAAAGAACCCCUGAGCGUUGUCCUCAGACAGGAGGACGACGGCUGGAACGGUUCAAGCUCUCAACUUGCACAAAGCGAGUCAGCCAUCUCCCUCAGGGAGUCCUCCGUGCUCAGAGAUGGGCCACAGUGUGUAGUGGACCAACAUCUCCACCAGGCCAUCCCGGCGGUGGACAAGGAGCUCGCAGAGACCAUGGACAGUAGUAUAUUCGACUACUGCCAGAAUAGUGAAAUAGACUCUGAUGCAGAAACGCUGCACAAGUCAGUGGAUGACCUAGAGACUCUCUCUGCCGUCCAGGCUGGGGAGACGGAGCAGGGUUGCCAUCAGGGCCUGUUCGACGUACAGCAUCCUGGGAUGCCCCUCAGCUCCGCUGAGAACCAUAGCAGUCCCAAUGGGCCUCACUCUGGCGAGGCCACCGAGAGCCAGAGCAACACAGGAGACAGCGGAAUUGACUCUCCCAGAACCAGAAUUAGCAUGACAUCCAGCAACACUGCCAUGCUGGAGGGAUUCAAACGCCGCAGUUUCCUACAGAAUCUUGAGAGACUCCAUUCCAAGAACAAUGCCCUUCACCCACAAAGCUCUCUUCUUCAACUCACCCCCGUCAUGAAUGUGUGAAAUGCCCAUUCGAAUGUGUGAAAAGCCCAUUCCUUUGAUACGCCUGUACAAAUUGUAAAUAAAUGUGAAAUCACUUUUGGUUGUAUAGAUCUACAUCAAGUUUUAUUACCAAGUAAUUAUAUUAGUAAUGUUAAAGACAUGACACAGGCCUUAGGCCUACUACCCAGAGACAUCUACUUCCGUGGAAAGACUUGUAUAUCUAUUGAGGUUACAAUAAACAGUCAGCUUCACUUGUAUUGUGUAUGACUUAAA